GGCGAACCUUCCUCUUCCUUUUCACAGUGCUGAAUCGCAGGCGAAGCUCUAAAGCUUGCAGUUGCUUUGAGCUGCAGCACCAUUUCAGACAUGCUGAGGAGCACUCUGCUGUGCGCAGUGCUCGGAAUCCUGGGGGCCCAGCCCUUCCCCUGUCCGCCAGCCUGCAAGUGUAUCUUCCGGGACGCCGCGCAAUGCUCUGGGGUCAAUGUAGCACGUAUCGCCGCGCUCGGCCUUCCCACCAACCUCACGCAUAUCCUGCUCUUCCGAAUGGGCCGCGGCGCCUUGCAGAAUCACAGCUUCAGUGGCAUGACGGUCCUGCAGCGCCUGAUGCUGUCAGACAGCCACAUUUCUGCUAUUGCCCCAGGCACUUUCAAUGACCUGGUAAAACUUAAAACCCUGAGGCUAUCACGCAACAAGAUCACCCAUCUUCCGGGCGCGCUAUUGGACAAGAUGGUGCUCCUCGAACAGUUGUUUUUGGACCGCAACGAACUAAAGGGCCUUGAUCAAAACAUGUUUCAGAAACUUGUUAACCUGCAGGAGCUCUUUUUGAAUCAAAAUCAACUCGCUUUCCUUCCUGCUAGCCUCUUCACAAAUCUGGGGAACCUGAAAUUGUUGGAUUUAUCGGAAAACAAUCUGACCCACCUGCCCAAGGGAUUGCUUGGGGCACAGGCUAAGCUUGAGAAACUUCUGCUCCACUCGAACCAGCUCAUUUCUCUGGAUUCGGGGCUGUUGAGUAACCUGCGCGCCCUGCUGGAGCUGCGGCUCGACGGAAAUCACAUCCGUUCCAUUGCACCCGGUUCCUUUGAUCGGCUCCGAAGCCUGAGCUUUUUGACUCUUUCCAGCAACCAUCUCGAGUUUCUGCCCUCGGCACUCUUUCUUCAUUCGCACAACUUGACUUUCCUGACCUUGUUCGAGAACCCGCUGGAAGAGCUCCCGGAGGUGCUCUUCGGAGAGAUGGCCGGCCUGCAGGAGCUGUGGCUGAACCACACCCGGCUGCGCUCCCUGCGGGCCGCUGCCUUCCGCAAUCUGAGCCGCCUGAUGGCGUUUGGGGUGACUCUGAGCCCGCGUCUGAGCGUGCUCCCAGAGGACGCCUUCCGGGGCCUGGGCCAGCUCCAGGUGCUCGCCCUGCACUCCAACAGCCUGGCCUCUCUCCCUGACGGCUUGCUGCGCGGCCUAGGCAGCUUGCGCCAAGUGUCGCUGAGCCACAACCGGCUGCGGGCCCUGCCCCGCGCUCUCUUCCGCAACCUCCGCAGCCUGGAGGAAGUCCACCUGGACCACAACCAACUGGAGACCCUGUCUGGCGACGUGUUUGAGGCUCUGCCCCGGCUGGCGGAGCUCCUGCUGGGGCACAACCCCUGGCGCUGCGACUGUGGCCUGUGGCCAUUCCUGGCAUGGCUGCUGCAGCACCCGGGUCUAGUGGGUCGAUCUGAGCCCCCGCGGUGCCGUGGCCCAGGGCAGCGCGCCAACCUGCCACUCUGGGCCCUGCCGGCCGGCGACCCAGGGUGUCAGGGCACCCCGGGCCCGCCUCUCUACCCUACCGCUGACAGCUCCUUCGAAGUCCCCACCCAGUCUGCACUGCCCGCGGCCUCUGUCCACCCUGCCUUGGUGCAUAACAGCUUAAAACCGGGGGCCUGGGCCCAGCUGGUGGCCAAGGACAAACGUCAAGACCAUAGCCUGUUCUGGGGACUUUAUUAUCUGCUUUUAGCCGGUCAGGCCAUAAUAACGGCGGUCAUUGUGUUCGUCAUGAUUCAACUCAGCAAGCUCUUUCGAAAAUUAAUCAGUGAAAGAACUCUUGGUUAAGUCCAUAGGAAAGCCUUCCAAUUAAUUAAAAUGUGACCAGAGUAUUGCCAGCUGCCCUCCUCUCCCUUCUCCCGCCUCCUCCUCUCCCUCUCCAUCCCACCCUCCCUCACCCUCUCCCUCUCCUGGUCAAACCCACUUCCCUGUUUCCAAGGCCCUGGGCCUGUCUCCCGCACAGAGUAGGUGUCUGGUGAAUGUGAAAUGAAUGAAUAAA